UUUCUAUAUUAAAUAAAGGCCAAUCAAGAACAGUCCUAUAGGAAAACAAAUGCUAGGAUUGGCUGAGACGCGGCAUCGGUUUCAAGGCGCCCUGCUUUCUGUUGGAAGGUCUUGUGAAUGGAGGGGGCGCCUGGAAACGGGUGGAAUCUGCACGGAGUGAGAGGAGCUGCGAGCCUCUGGACUUCCAACAGCUCAGCAUGCUAACUGACACUCUGCGUGAAGUCAAGUCGAAAAACGAUGGAAAGAUAACCUUUUUUAAGCUUUAAACGUUUUUUGUUUUGUGCUAAAGUGACAACGCUUACGCGUUAGACACGUUGGAAUAACUUGGGUUUGCAUUACUUCAAGAAAAUGGGACUUUAAGUGGUAUUUUCACCGGGUCGGGAGUGAGAGUGGGCUGCUUGGAGUCACUUACAAAGACCAUCAAGAAGUCAUGACACGACGAACGUUUCUCUUGGAUUUAACUUCAUAAAAUACGAGGAAAAACGAUUACAGCAAUUUAAACUCGAAGCACUCGGAUUGCAAGCUGACGUGGUGCGACAAUUAAUGUAGAUUUCUUCGCUUUUUAACAGUUUUCAAGUCGCCCUACUUGAUCAAAGUUUUUUCCUUCCCUCCCCCCUCCUCCUCCUCAACUAUGGCGGCGGCCAGGUCCACCACUGGCUCAGUGUUGCUGCGGAUCAUGUGGCUGGUGUGCGGGUUGUCCUUCUCAUCCACUUCUGCUCAACAUUACAACAGUGAGAGUGGAAUUUCUAUCCCAGAACACGGGUUCUGCCAGCCCAUCUCUAUCCCGCUUUGCACCGACAUCGCCUACAACCAGACCAUCAUGCCGAACCUCCUGGGCCACACGAACCAGGAGGACGCCGGACUAGAAGUGCACCAGUUCUACCCUCUGGUUAAGGUCCAGUGUUCUGCUGACCUAAAGUUCUUCCUCUGCUCCAUGUAUGCACCAGUCUGCACAGUGCUGGAGCAGGCCAUCCCCCCUUGUCGGUCCCUGUGUGAGCGUGCACGGCAGGGAUGUGAAGCCCUCAUGAAUAAGUUCGGCUUCCAGUGGCCGGAGCGGCUCCGCUGCGAGGCUUUCCCCGUUCACGGAGCCGGUGAGAUCUGCGUCGGCCAGAACACAUCCGAACCCAGCGGCCCGGCCUCGUCUUCCCCCUAUGCACCCGAUGCAGUGACCCUUCCCCCAAACAUAGGCCGACCCAACCAACGCCCGCCCCAGCACAACCAGUACCACCAGUUCUCCUGCCCUCUACAGCUGGAGGUGCCUACAUACCUGGGCUACCGAUUUAUGGGGGUCAACGACUGCGGGGCCCCAUGUGAGCCCACCAAACCCACCGGAAUCAUGUAUUUCCGGGAGGAUGAGGUCAAAUUCGGCCGACUGUGGGUUGGAAUCUGGUCCAUUCUGUGCUGUGUGAGCACCUUAUUCACAGUGCUCACAUAUUUAGUGGACAUGAGGCGGUUCAGGUACCCCGAGAGGCCCAUCAUCUUCUUAUCUGGGUGUUAUUUUAUGGUGGCGGUAGCCUACGCUGCUGGAUUUUUCCUGGAGGACAAAGUUGUUUGUGUGGAUAAAUUCAAGGAAGACGGCUACAGGACAGUAGCUCAAGGGACUAAAAAGGAGGGCUGCACCAUCCUCUUCAUGGUGUUGUACUUUUUUGGUAUGGCCAGCUCCAUCUGGUGGGUGAUUUUGUCCCUGACUUGGUUCCUCUCUGCCGGGAUGAAAUGGGGCCAUGAGGCGAUUGAAGCUAACUCCCAGUACUUCCACCUGGCCGCUUGGGCUGUCCCGGCCAUUAAAACCAUCACCAUCCUUGCCAUGGGCCAGGUGGAUGGCGACGUCCUGACCGGGGUGUGUUUCGUUGGGAUCUUCAAUGUGGACGCCCUCCGCGGCUUCGUCCUGGCUCCGCUUUUUGUCUACCUGUUCAUCGGUACAUCCUUCCUCCUGGCCGGCUUUGUGUCCCUCUUUCGGAUCCGCACCAUCAUGAAGCACGACGGCACCAAGACGGAGAAGCUGGAGAAGUUGAUGGUGCGGAUCGGUGUGUUCAGUGUGCUCUACACGGUACCGGCCACCAUAGUGAUCGCCUGUUACUUCUACGAGCAGGCCUUUAGGGAGCACUGGCAGCGGACCUGGCACAUGCAGACAUGUAAGCGGUUCGCCGUACCCUGCCCGGUUCACAACUUCGCCCCCAUGACUCCAGACUUCACCGUGUUCAUGAUCAAAUACCUGAUGACCAUGAUCGUCGGCAUCACUUCGGGUUUCUGGGUCUGGUCCGGCAAGACUCUUCAAUCAUGGCGGAGUUUUUACAAGCGCCUUAGCAACGGUAACCAUGGAGAGACAACGGUGUAAAGUUUCGAGGAAGAAAAGGCACAAAGCCACGGGGUUUUGGAUACAAUAACCAUGUAAAUGAGGUCAAAUAGCUUUCCUUUUUUAAUACUAUUUUGGACAUUUUUUUUUUCACAUGUGUCUUCAGGUUGUGACAGUAAUUCAGGCUUUUGGACACACAACCGAACUUUAAUCUAUAUUCGAUAGAAGUUGGAUGAUUUUUCAAUAUAUUUCCUUUUUUUUUGUCGUUAUCAGCCCACACUCCUGGCUUUUGCAUCUUUGGAUUAUAAACUGGUGUGAAUGGCCAUACUGGACUGUAAUGCCAGACUGGAGAGGGUUACUUUUAAUAUGAAACUUCCUACAUAUUAUUGAAUAUAUCCUAUUACAAUUUGAAUGUACUUCCUGUCUACUCCGGUGAGAGUUUUUCAGUGGAAAACACCAUAACAGAAAAGACUGAUGGAUCAAACAGUGUGGCCAUCUGCCCAUGCUGCGGAAAAAAGUUAAAUAGUUUGAUUCUUUCUACCGCUACACCCUCUGACUGUGAAUUCAUUAAUUUUGGAUGCCUGGAUUAUACAUGUGCAUUUUAGGUUACUCUGCUUUUAGCUAAAGACCGAAAUGCUUUAAUAUGUGUUAGAUAUUGCAGAGUACAAUCUCGUCUGUUUUUAAUCUGAGAAAAAGUCCAUCAACUAGUGACUCCACACCAUUAUGUGCCAAGUGGCUGCCCAGAAAUCAAAACUUUAUUUCAUUUUUUUUUUUUUUUUACUUUAAUUUUUAAUUUUUCAGACUGUUGAGUAUUUGCUUCUGUAUUGAAUGUUCACUCCGAAGGUGAAUGAAGUUAUGUAUUGGUUUGCACAGCUAUCCUAAAGGUUAAAAGUGUUUAAAAAUGACUGAUUCACCACAGGAUGACCUGGAUUAAACAGUAAGGGAGACCACACACACACACACACACACACACACACACACACAGGCCUCCACUCUGCAAUGACACAACAGCUUAUUGUUUGUCUCUGUGUGUGGUCUUUCAACUAUUGGAUCCCCCAUCAAAAAGACUUGUAGGUUUUAAGACAUCCAAAGCACAAUUUCAAAGAUCCAGAUUUAAUCCAUACUGGGUGAAAAUGGUUGCUUGAGAUUUUUGAUGUUUUUUUCCUCGAUAAAGAUGACUGUACACAUUCACGCUUGUAUUCUAGCCAGUGUAACUGAAUCUGCCUUAAUCCCUCACUUGAAGUGUUAUAUGGUUUUCACAAGCAGACUGAACAUUUUAGAGUUUUUAAUGAAGCAUUAUUUUGUCAAGACUACCUUGCAGAAGCCCUCAAAACACAGAAACUGCGUUUAUUGUCCCUGAGUCUGGAAACAGGACUUGUGUUUGAUGUUUUAAAUCUCGGAAACACCAGGCAGGAGGUCAAAGGUCACUACCUUGUGGAAUAAUUUUUUAUUUGGAGAGGCAGCAGUGGAGACAGACAGUGCAGUGUUCAGCAGAGGUGGAUUGUUUAAUCUGGGACAGAAUCACUUGAGACAAUACACUAAUUUAUUAGUAAAAGUUAUUAAAAUUAAAUGAUCACAUUGCCUAGUGACCCAACCCAAAAGUGUAUUUCAGUACUGUUCAUUUAUUUUCUGAAAGUAGUUCAACACUCUUUAUUGAAGUAAGAACACACUACAUUUAGAAUAACAGUGUACUCACUUAACAGUGCUGAAUGCAUCAUUGGUAACCUAAAGCAUCAACAUAAAAUGGUAACCAGUGAUUUAGUCCCAUUGCUAAUCCUCUGUUGCAUCUAAUGCACUGAAUUUAAUGAGUAACCCACAGUUUAUUUCUCUGACUAAAUAAUGAGAUCUUGUGGGGCAACCUGAGCAGAAAAAAAUGUUAUUCUAACUGAGUCAGCUGCAAGGCAGCAUGUUUGCCAGAAGGUUUUUGUUUCUUGUCAUAUAGCACAUGUUCUUUACUUACAUCACAUGUAAAUGAUGAAUGGAAACACCCUGCAACAAUGGGGAUAAACUAAUUACCGUAAAUACUUGGUGUUCUGGUGCAUUUUAAUCUCUAAAGCCAUGUCUUGAAUCCACACAUACUAAUAGUAGAACGUGUAUAUGUUCUACUAGUGUAUACACUAAGUACCAAUCCUCAUAGUAUACUCUUAAAGCAGUUUGUCUACGAGAAGUGCCACAGUUCCCAUGUGAAUGCACUACAUACCUCAAACCUUGGAUAGAAUUAGUAUGUAGGGUUGAG